AUGGGACCUUGCGCGAAAGAGAACCGCUUUUUUGGAAUGUUAGCCAAUCUUCCUAUUGCAGUGCCAUUCUCCGUCUCUUUCAAGAAAUACCACGUUGAACACCAUCGCUAUUUAGGUGAAGACGGACUGGACACCGGUGUUCCAACCGAAUUGGAGGCUCAACUUUUCACAACACCAGCUCGGAAGUUCUUUUGGUUGCUGUUUCAGCCGUUUUUCUAUGCAUUUAGGCCACUCAUCAUCUACAGAAAAGCACCAAACCAUCUUGAGAUCACCAACGUGAUCGUCCAGAUCGCCUUUGACGCAUUUGUGCUACGAAUGUUUGGAAAUCAGUCAUUUCUCUAUUUGAUCCUCGGCACUCUUGUGGCGAUGGGGGUUCAUCCGAGUGCUGGUCAUUUCAUUUCGGAGCAUUAUGUUUUCAAAGGAACCCAAGAAACAUACAGCUACUAUGGUUUAUGGAAUUUGUGCACAUUCAAUGUUGAAUAUCAGGUAUGGAAAAUUGCUUCGGAAUUCUACGCGAGCCUGUACACUCAUUCAUCAUGGACUAAAGUCUUGUGGAACUUCGUCUUUUCUCCGGACAUGGGACCGUACAUGCGUCUCAAGAGGGGAGCCAGUGUGGGUCAAACCUUUUGUCCACGACACGCUCUCAAUGAGUACUACGAGGCAGUGAGUAAGAUUUCGGAUUUUUUCAAGUUCAUAUUUUAUUCAGAUAAUCUAGUCGAUCCACUUAAGAGGAUUUUUCAGCUGCUUCAAUGCAGUGGAUUCAAUGAGAUGAGGCACUAUGCAGCUCAGUGGCUGGAUGUGAUUAAUAAUAGAAAAAAAAUUGACUGA